AUGGGAAACUUUUCUACCCUCCGACUCAUUGUCGAUGGGUGUGGUGGUCAAAAUAAAAACACCACACUCAUCACAAUGCUAAUGAAAUGGUUUUUCUCGAUUAACAAGCAUAUUGAAUCUGUAGAAAUAAUUUUUCCCAUAGUGGGACAUUCUUUCAUACCUCCCGAUAGGGUUUUUGCCCAGAUUGAAAAAAAAAAGAAAGAGGCGAUAGUACAACCUGAAGACAUUUCCAGUUUAAUCCUUCAAAAAGAUUUUUCAUGUGAUAUUCCGCGGACUGUCAACAAAAAAGGGAGUGGUACUCCUAACUCUAGCAAACCCUCAACAGUAACUGGGGGUAAACAAAUUAAUGACAAAAAGUUAAAGAGUAUCGAUGAACUACUGAAGAAGCACUACGGAACGACUAAACCUUGGAAAGAUCUGGAACAACUCAACUUCUACAAAAAUUUAAUUCAAAAUUUUGAUGAGAAUAAUCUCAAAGAACCAAUUCCAGAAGAUGAUUUGCCAUGUGAAUAUGCUGAAGAAAUCUAUUUAGCUGUUUGA